CCAAGCGCUCCUUUGUCAUUUUUUCUCUGGAAUUGCAUUUCUGCGGAUUGUGGAUAUAAUUUUUAUGGCCAUUGCCUUCGUUUAUACUUUUCGUUUCGUUUCAACUUUUUUAUGGACUCUGGAGAACGCUGAGCUGGAGAUUUUCAGCGGGAAAUCGAAAAACUUUUUAAGCUUCUUCAAUUCACUUGUUAAUUUUAAUCCCUUUCGGUGAUUCCCCUUCCCUUGCAGAGACCGCACCGCAUGAGAUGAAGCCCAUGGAAUGUCCGCAAUUGGUCAACCUGUGAGUCCUGCGAGUCCUGUCUGAGUGCUGAGUGAGAUUGAAAGAUGGCGGCAUCGAGUUCAAUUAUCGAAUCCAUAGCCAUUUUGGCCCUGCUGCUCGGAUUUUUUAUUCGAAGUGGCUACUGCAUAGACUGCUUCAAGUGCGUUUCCUAUAAUGGAGCCAACAAGGCCUGCGAUGAUCCGUUCCACAACAAUUACUCCACGGCCAUCCUGGAGUCACCUUGCAUGGGCGGUCGGAAGGGGCGGGAUGGUCUGUUUCCGGCCACCGCCUGCAUCAAGAUCGCCGGCUAUUAUGAUGAAACCGGGGAGACGAUAACAGUGAGGGGUUGCGCCCUGGACAGUGGCACCUUGACCACCGACACUGAGAUAAUAAGAAUGUCGCACUGCGGAAAGUUCUACUAUGAUGAUAAGUAUGUGCACGGCUGCCUGCAGAGCUGCAGCGAUGCGGAUGCCUGCAACUCGGCCAGGAGGCCGGGUCAGAAUCCCUUGGACCUGGAGGCACUGAUGCGACACCUGCUCAGCCUGGCGGUGCUGCUGGUGGCCACCACCAGGUAGCAGUACCAGUGAGCUAUGGAGUACCAAUGGGAGCUAUGAGGCAGCGGGAAGGCAUCUCGGCUGCCCGGGAAUGGGAAUCCUUAUCUUUUAUGGCGUCUCUCCUCCUCUACGAAUCUCUCAGUGUCUAGGAUCGCACCUAACAGUAAACGCACUCGAGCAACUACAGCCAGGACACACUCAACACAACACAACAAACACACAAUCUCACUAACAAACACACAAACAAACAGCAAACAUUAUGGAAUUCAUCAAGCAAUUAUGUGAUUUAUAAAUGAAUACUUAACAACUAUCUAACAAUAAUUGAUGAACGCGAACGAAACUAUUUAGAUGCUAAGCAUUCGAGAGUAAAAAAUCAAAGGAAACAUGCAAACCCUUAUUCAAAUUCUAAUUGCAAUUAUUUUUAGCUUCUAAGGAACAGAACCUAGACUUUAAAUGCUGUCGCCGCAAAGAGUGUUUUUUCGAUUUAUAUACGAUGCGUUUUACCCCGACAGAGAAAUAUAAGUAUUUGUUGCCUCUCUAGACAAAGUAUUGUACAUAUACAACAAUUGAAAUUUAAUUAUGUUUCACGAAUGCUGAAUUUUUGGGCAAAUUAUAAAUUAUAAAUAGCUAUGUGUAAAUGAAUUAGUGGGUACAAUUAGCAAACGAAAACUGCGAGUCAAGGGAAGGGGGCUUACUUUAGUAAUUUGUUAAUGUGUUAAAAUAUCUUUCACACAUUAACUAAGAGAAAUAAUUACUAUGAAAUUAAAUGAUUUAUAGUUUUAAUUUUUAAAGAAC